AUGAGUCGUGGCUGGAAAUCGUUCGUGUCCCCCUUCAUCACCACCUCUUCGGGGCUCCAGGCAGCGUCUCCAGCCCAGAUCGACCGUGACUCGACCUCGCCCCCCUUCUCCCCCCACCGCCGCGCGAUCCCAUCUGACGCCGCCCCGGCCGACGACCCCAGCACGCCGGCCGCCAUGGCGCACGGCGACCGCAUGACCACCUUCGAGGAGGGCGAGCGCGAGAGCGAGUACGGCUACGUCCGCAAGGUCUCUGGGCCCGUGGUCGUGGCCGAUGGCAUGGGCGGUGCCGCCAUGUACGAGCUCGUCCGUGUCGGCCACGACAGCCUCAUCGGCGAAAUCAUCCGUCUCGAGGGUGAUUCAGCUACAAUUCAAGUUUACGAGGAAACAGCUGGGCUAACGGUCAACGAUCCCGUGUUGAGAACAAAAAAGCCUCUUUCAUGUGAGUUGGGACCUGGUAUUCUUGGAAACAUCUUUGAUGGAAUCCAGCGCCCUCUGAAAACUAUUGCUAUUAAGUCCGGAGAUGUCUACAUUCCACGUGGUGUUUCAGUCCCUGCUCUUGAUAAAGAUCAGCAGUGGGAGUUCCAGCCAAAUAAGCUAGGUGUUGGAGAUAAUAUCACAAAUGGAGAUCUAUAUGCUACCGUAUUUGAGAACACAUUGAUGAAGCACCAUAUUGCGCUCCCUCCUGGUGCUAUGGGAAAGAUAAGUUACAUUGCCCCUGCGGGUCAGUACAGUCUGCAGGACACAGUGCUGGAAUUGGAGUUUCAGGGCAUCAAAAAGGAGUUCACUAUGCUCCACACAUGGCCUGUGCGGACACCACGGCCUGUUGCGUCAAAACUUGCUGCUGACACGCCUCUUCUAACAGGACAGCGUGUACUUGACGCACUGUUUCCCUCGGUGCUUGGAGGAACAUGUGCUAUUCCUGGAGCUUUCGGUUGUGGAAAAACUGUCAUUAGUCAGGCGCUCUCAAAGUAUUCCAAUUCCGACACUGUGGUGUAUGUGGGCUGUGGAGAAAGAGGAAAUGAGAUGGCUGAGGUCCUUAUGGACUUCCCGCAAUUGACAAUGACGUUGCCUGAUGGACGUGAAGAGUCAGUCAUGAAAAGAACAACGCUUGUGGCUAACACCUCCAACAUGCCUGUCGCUGCUCGUGAAGCCUCCAUUUAUACAGGAAUUACUAUUGCUGAAUACUUCCGUGACAUGGGCUACAAUGUUAGUAUGAUGGCUGAUUCCACGUCCAGGUGGGCCGAAGCAUUGCGUGAAAUUUCAGGACGUUUGGCUGAAAUGCCUGCGGAUAGUGGUUACCCUGCGUAUUUGGCUUCACGGUUGGCAUCCUUCUACGAACGUGCUGGGAAGGUUCAAUGUCUUGGCAGUCCAGACCGGACUGGCAGUGUUACAAUUGUUGGCGCCGUCUCUCCUCCUGGAGGAGAUUUUUCAGAUCCUGUUACCUCUGCAACCCUCAGUAUUGUGCAGGUCUUCUGGGGACUGGAUAAGAAGCUGGCUCAAAGAAAGCAUUUCCCAUCUGUUAAUUGGCUCAUUUCUUACUCAAAAUACUCCACGGCUUUGGAAGGAUACUAUGAAAAGUUCGAUCCUGGCUUUAUUGACAUGAGAACAAAAGCUCGUGAAGUGUUGCAGAGAGAGGAUGAUCUAAACGAAAUUGUCCAGCUUGUUGGUAAAGAUGCACUGGGAGAAUCUGACAAGAUUACGUUGGAGACAGCCAAGCUUCUGAGGGAAGAUUAUUUGGCACAGAAUGCUUUUACCCCAUAUGACAAGUAUUGUCCAUUCUACAAAUCUGUCUGGAUGAUGCGCAACAUUAUUCAUUUCAAUACAUUAGCGAAUCAGGCUGUGGAGCGAGCAGCCAAUGCUGAUGGACAUAAGAUAACCUACGCUGUCGUAAAGAGUCGCAUGGGCGAUCUAUUUUACCGCCUUGUAUCCCAAAAGUUCGAAGACCCCGCGGAAGGCGAAGACGUCCUAAUUGCGAAAUUCCAGAAGUUGUACGACGACCUCACCACCGGGUUCCGCAACCUAGAAGACGAGGCUAGGUAA